GUUAUCCUCUCUCCACACGCUUCCUCUCUCCGCGCUUUCUGGGGAGCGCAACAGGACUGCCUCUAGGCGACCGCGUCUCUCCACACUCGAGUCAUGUCGACGACCAGCCUUCCAAACUACGUCCCAUCCUUCUCCCGCAUCCCCUCCUACUCCGCGGAGCCGCAAGAAUAUGAACAGCGCCUGGCACUGAACCGCCCGGCCCCGAGGCCAGUUGGAGAUUUCGUGAAGCAGUCCAAGGGAGGGAACGUGAGCCUCCGCCUCUUUGCACAGGAGGACAACGUGAGCUUGCCGGUAUAUGGGUCCGCGGCUGCGGUGGAAGGAGCCAUCAAUCUCACGAAGACCGACGGGGUCACUGCCGUGGAAGUCAAAAUUGAGGGUAGCCUAAAGCUGCAGGAGGUCGCCGAGGGCGGUACGACCACCCACAAGCUAUGCCUCUCCAAGGUCACUUUGUGGAGCAAGGAGACAGAUUCGGAACCUUGUCCAGCAUCCCUCAAGUUCAGCUUGACUCUGCCCGAGACGUUCUCCGACGGCAAGGACACAUACCCCUUGCCGCCUACCCACAAUGUACACUUGUCUGGCGUUCCUGGGUUCGAUGCAAAUAUCGAGUACGGAGUGAGCGCAACGGUGGUCAAGGGUAAGGUGUCGAGUCUACUGCAGCGGCUCACCAACUCUUCGAUAUCCACCCCUUUCAUAUACCACCCACGCUCCCGCCCCGCCUUGCCGCUACCCGAACCUAUGUACCAGUCGCAUGACAUGUCCGGACUUGCCGAGUCCCCCGACUGGCGGUGUUGGGAGUCGACCAUGAAGGCGAGGACAUCCGGCGGCAAGGAUAUCCACUGCCAGCUCUACCUUCCCUCCUUACGAGUCUUCAGCAUCAGCCAACCGAUCCCGUUCCAUAUUAUGUUCUCCUCAUCCGCAUUCUCGCUCGCCGCCUACCUGCCAUAUGGGCCCACAGCUACCAUCCUCGCGCCCAACAAGCAAUUCACCCGCAUCAAGGUGGUCAGGCAGUCAAUAGUAGACGUUCGAAACGCGCUCGUUCUGGGUACGAAGACGGACAUCUGGCGUGUUGACACCAUUGGCGAGGCUGAAUGCAGACAUUCGGGCGACGGAUCCGACUGGCUCUCCUUCGUCGGCGAGAUCCGACUGGACGACUCGGUCAAGGUCGGAGGCUUCAAGGCGGGCGGGCUCACCGUGAAGGACUUCAUCGAGUUGAGCAUGAUACCGCCUGACCCGGUGAAGUGCCCGUUCCGGGAGAUGCGCCUAGUCAUUCCCAUCCGACUCACCACCGACCCAUGGUCUUCCGACGGGUACAUGCUCGCCGUCGCCGACUCUGAUUUCUCUGCGCCGCCCACCCCGCCGGACUCGCGAUCACAAUAGGACGCUGCCACUCUGUGCCGCUCUCUUUCGGUCAAGUUCGACGCACAUUGGAUAUACGCUCCUGCGCCGUUGUAACAUAGCUGCUUGGUAAUGGAUGCCUGUUGUAUGACUAAAUAACAUUAUUGUUCC